GAGAAAGAGAAUGACAACUUUACGUAAUCCAUAGUUGAAACUUGAAAGUCGAAAUUCUCUGUUAUGUUGUCUUGGAACCUACCUCUAAAACUUCUCUUCUUUGUCCCAAACAAACUUCGUUAGUCAUUACAAAUACAUUCCCUUUCUCUCUCUCUUCUCCAAUUUCAAUGAGAUGAGCAACAACAACAGCAACAGCAUCCUCGUCCUCCUCAACCUGUACCUUAUUAUUCACACACUCUUGUCACGCGCGCAUUAGUGUCUCAAAUCUCAAUUCCGUUUCCCCUUCCUCUUCUUUCGGAGCCACACACACGUACGUACAUAUAUACGUUAACACGUACGUAAGUUUUAUAUAGUAAAAAGUAUUAAUUACGACAUAUACGACACGAAUGGCGGCGGCGGCGGCUGCUUUUGUUAUCUCCGUCGCGCUGUUGGCGGCGGUAGCUGGCGGAUCGCCGGCGACUCUGACUUUGGAAAGAGCGUUUCCGACGAAUCACGGGGUGGAGCUGAGUCAGCUGAGAGCUCGCGACGAGUUGAGGCAUCGCAGAAUGUUGCAGUCUUCAAGCGGCGUCGUGGAUUUCUCCGUUCAAGGCACCUUUGAUCCCUUCCAAGUCGGGCUCUACUAUACAAAAGUGCAGUUGGGUACUCCUCCAGUGGAAUUUAAUGUGCAGAUUGACACUGGUAGUGAUGUUCUCUGGGUUAGUUGCAACUCCUGCAAUGGUUGUCCUCAAACAAGUGGGCUUCAGAUUCAGCUCAAUUUUUUUGACCCUGGAAGUUCAUCAACAUCUUCAAUGAUCGCUUGUUCUGACCAAAGGUGCAAUAAUGGAAAACAAUCAUCAGAUGCCACCUGUUCCAGUCAGAACAACCAGUGCUCCUACACUUUCCAGUAUGGAGAUGGGAGUGGGACAUCAGGCUAUUAUGUGUCAGAUAUGAUGCAUUUGAACACCAUUUUUGAGGGAUCCAUGACCACAAAUUCUACUGCGCCUGUAGUUUUUGGAUGUAGCAAUCAGCAAACUGGGGACUUGACAAAGUCUGAUAGAGCAGUUGAUGGGAUAUUUGGAUUUGGGCAACAGGAAAUGUCUGUCAUUUCUCAGCUCUCCUCGCAAGGGAUUGCUCCAAGAAUAUUCUCUCAUUGUCUGAAAGGAGAUAGUAGUGGUGGGGGCAUAUUGGUUCUUGGGGAGAUUGUGGAGCCAAACAUAGUCUACACUUCACUUGUCCCAGCACAGCCUCAUUACAAUUUAAAUCUACAAAGUAUCUCUGUCAACGGCCAGACAUUGCAAAUUGAUUCUUCAGUUUUUGCAACAUCAAACAGCAGAGGUACCAUUGUUGAUUCUGGAACAACUUUGGCGUACCUUGCAGAAGAGGCUUAUGAUCCCUUUGUCUCUGCGAUUACAGCUGCAAUUCCACAAUCUGUACGCACUGUUGUUUCCAGGGGAAAUCAGUGUUACUUAAUCACCUCCAGUGUCACUGACGUUUUUCCUCAAGUAAGUCUGAACUUUGCUGGCGGUGCAUCUAUGAUUUUAAGGCCACAGGACUACCUGAUACAGCAGAAUUCUAUAGGUGGUGCAGCAGUGUGGUGUAUUGGUUUUCAGAAAAUCCAGGGUCAAGGGAUAACAAUUCUAGGAGAUCUCGUAUUAAAAGACAAAAUUGUUGUUUAUGAUCUGGCUGGUCAACGCAUUGGAUGGGCUAACUAUGACUGUUCUUUGUCGGUGAAUGUCUCUGCAACAACUGGCACGGGCAGAAGUGAAUUUGUGAAUGCUGGUGAGAUAGGUGGGAGCAUCUCUUUACGUGAUGGACUCAAGUUGACAAAGACAGGAUUCUUGGCUUUCUUUGUGCAUCUAACGCUAAUUUACUGUUUUGGAUUCUUAUAGCAUUUAACAUCGUUAGAGAUAUUCUUUUUCAUACGUAUAUUCUUUUGCCGGUAUAUAUUUGUGUCAAUCGGCAAGACCACAUUAAUUUGAAUGUUGCUUUGGUGCCUCCUUUCUGCACAAUAUAGGCUUGUCCGGUUUAUCAUCCUCAAGUGAUUCUGUUGAAGGAUGUAGAAUCAGAUAAUAGCUCAUUACUUUUGGCAGUGUUGUAAAUUAUUUCACAGGAUUACUGAUUGAAACCUACACACGUUACUAUAAAAUACAGCCUUUUCUUCCCCUAGUUUAAUUGAA